CAUUGACAUCUCUACAUAUCUAUUUUGCACAAUUUGUUCGUCUCUCUUCCUCUUUCCUUUUCUCCAAAUACUAGUGUUAAACUAAAAAGCAUAAUAAAGAAGCAACAAAUCUCAAAAUCUUUUACUAGAAACUAAAGAGAGAGAGGCGAUGAAUAGAGGAGUGUUGGAGAGUUCGCCGGUACAACAACUCACGGCGGCUGGAAACCCUAACUGGUGGAACAACGUCAGCGGCGGUUUGAGGCCACCACCGCCGGUUAUGAGUCACCAGCCACCGUCUACCACCGCUUAUCUUCCAAGUCUCUUGCCAAACUAUUUUUCUUCUCCGACGUCCUCUUCAUCUUCUUCUUCACCUUCUUUGCCUCCUCCUAAUAGUAACCCUAACUUGUCUUCUUGGCUUGAAAUGAGUGAUCUGCCUCUUGACCAGCCAUGGAACCUUAGUCAACUCCUCGUGGGUGGAUUGAUGAUGGGAGAGGAAGAAAAAAUGGAGAUGAUGAACCAUCAUCAAAAUCAACAUCAUAGUUACCAAGAGAAGAAGAUACAGAAUUGGGAAGAACAUUUGAGGAACCAAUCUUUCAUGAAACAAGAGAUUAAUGGUUAUGGAAUAAUGUCCUCACCGAACUCACCUCUAAACAAGUCUUGUGUUACAAUUCACAACACCAAUGAAGACAAGAACAAUAACAUUCAUCACAAUGGUCUUCACUUGUCCGAGGGUAAUAGCUCAGAGAUGAUUGGGUCUUCUAUGGCAAAUAAGAAACCAAAGCUUCAAGUUCCUUCAUCACAAUCAAAUCUCAAGGUAAGGAAGGAGAAGCUUGGAGGCAGAAUCGCAUCUCUUCACCAGCUAGUAUCUCCCUUUGGCAAGACUGACACAGCCUCUGUCUUGUCGGAGGCUAUUGGAUACAUUAGAUUCCUCCACAGUCAAAUUGAGGCUUUAAGUCUACCAUACUUUGGCACUCCCUCGAAGAAUGAUAAUAUGGUUCACCAACAUGCACAAGGAACUUUGAAUGGGAUAUUUCCUGAGGACCCUGGUCAGCUUGUGAAUGAGUACUGCAUGAAAAGAGGAGUUUCAUCAUCAUCGAGUAAGGACAAUCAAAACUCAAGUCCUAACGAAGAACCAAUGAAAGAUUUGACAAGUAGAGGACUUUGUCUUGUCCCAAUCUCAUGCACACUCCAAGUUGGCAGCGACAAUGGCGCGGACUAUUGGGCUCCGGCCUUCGGAUUCACUCUCUAGUGACCUAAUAUUUCACUUUCUGUUGUUUAUUUGAUUUUUGGUCAGCCAGGAAAAAAUUUAGUAGAUGUUAUAACAUCAUGAGCAACCAAUCUAUAUUGAGAAAACAACAAAAUGAGUUUCCAAGAUUUGGUUGCUCAUGAUGUUAUGCUAACACAAAUUGGUUUUGGCGUUUGGCCUUUGAACAUUUGAAGUUAACGAUUAUGGAAUGACCUAUUGAAUCAUGUUUUCUUGCUUUGAAUAGGAAACUUAAUUUAUUCUCUUAAUGUA